UUUCAUGGAGAAUCCGGCAGCCAGUCAUAUCCCUGGCAAAUUUCAACAAAAAGACGUGAGGUGUGCGCCAUUUGGCGUCACAAUGCACUCACAAGUUAUUGCCACGAUCUCCGCACGCAUCAUGAAGCGUACCGGGAGCCGACCAUGGCCCUGGUCUGGCAUCACCAACCGAUCCCCUAUUGUCCAAAUUCGUGUGGUAUCUUUGUCUUCACAGGAUUCCAUAGUCCCAUCAGAUUCUUAGCCUCUCGUCUUAUCUCCUCCAUCCUAUCUUCCCUCUGCCAUUGAAUUCGGUGCUUGUCUACAUGUCUUCACUUUCUUCCGCUUCUUCCACAUCUCACACCACCUGUCUGCCCCUUCCACUAUUUGUUCGCAUGAUGUGCCGUCUCUUCCCAUCUACUUCCUACUCGUAGCACUUCCUCCUUCCACUAUAACCUCCGCCACCAUCCCCUUUUCCUCUUCCUCUUUGUAUUUUAUUUGCCUUUUCGCUACUCUCCUUGCUUCGAUUCACAAUUACCUUACACAAGGAGAAGAAUACACACAUGGCUUCGCUCACCCCUUACAUCUGCUUUACCACGGUGGGCACCAGGGCCCACCUCUCCUCCCGCCCCUCCCCCGCCUUCCGCCCCUCUCGGCCUCCACCGCCGCCGGUCACCUCCAGGAGGGCAUUCGCCAUCUCCUUCGCCGCCCGCUGCCGCGGCCCGGUUCCACCCCAUGCCACGGAGGUCGACGUCUCCGCCGCCGAGCCGGCCGUGGCCCCGACCUUCGACUUCAAAGGCUACAUGCUCCAGAAGGCGGCCAUCGUCAAUCGCGCCCUCGACGAGGCGGUGCCGCUCGCUCGCCCAGAGCGGAUCCACGAGGCGAUGCGCUACUCCCUCCUCGGCGGCGGCAAGCGCAUCCGCCCCGUCCUCUGCCUCGCCGCCUGCGAGGUAGCCGGCGGCUGGGACGCCUGCGCGAUGCCUGCCGCCGUGGCCGUCGAGAUGAUCCACACCAUGUCCCUCAUCCACGACGACCUCCCCUGCAUGGACGACGACGACCUCCGCCGCGGCCGCCCCUCCUGCCAUCGCGCCUUCGACGAGCCCACUGCGGUCCUUGCUGGCGAUGCCCUUCUUGCCCUCGCCUUUGGCCGCCUAGCGGACCCGGCGUCCUAUCCUGCCGACGGAUUCGUGCCGCCUGACCGGGUUGUCCGUGCUGUUGGUGAACUCUCUCGCUGCGUGGGAGCCGAGGGCCUCGUCGCAGGCCAGGUAGCCGACCUCGAGGCCACCGGGCUCGGAACCCCUGUCAGCCUCGAUACGCUCGAGUUCAUCCACCUCCACAAGACGGCUGUUCUUUUGGAGGCGUCAGUGGUCCUCGGCGCCAUCUUAGGUGGUGCGUCGGAUGACCAGAUUGAGCGGCUAAGGAAAUACGCUCGGUGCAUCGGGCUGCUGUUCCAGGUAGUAGAUGAUAUACUUGAUGUGACUAAAUCUUCAGAGGAGCUGGGAAAGACGGCCGGGAAGGAUCUGGCCAGUGAUAAGACGACAUACCCAAAGCUUUUAGGAUUAGAGAAGUCGAGGGAGUUUGCCGAGGGUCUGCUGAAGGAUUCCAAGGAACAGCUCUCAGGGUUUGAUCCAAUAAAGACGGCACCUUUGCUGCAUUUGGCCAAUUACAUUGCCUACCGCCAGAAGUAGAUCACAGAGAUGGCCAUGAUAUGAUAGGUAGUCACCAGAUAUAAGUUAUCUUGGAUUAGUUGAUCUGCCAUUUGGAACUGCAAUGCUAAUCCUGCCUGCCUCCAUUGCUCUGCUACAGGUCAACCCUCUGUUGUUUGUUUACUUCAUACUUCUAUGAAUGCCUUUCUCACAAAGAUGUUGUCAUUUUGAUGAUUUAUCGUGUGUGCUAUUUCCAGAGGCAGUUCUCUUAUUUAACAAGUAUGCAUUAGUAAUUAGAUCUAAUAUAGUGGUUUUGUAGCUGCUUCCAGAAAUCAGAACAUGAAUUAAUUUGAUGCGUUUAUA